AUGCCAUCCCUCCUAAGGGCUUUCCAACUAGGCUGCGAGAGUUACAUCUCCUCAGCAUCAUUUCGAAAGCCUACUGCCUUGCUGGCUUCUCCCUCGUUUGGAAGGUGGAAUCAUGGCCACAUGACAGUGCGUCAUCGUACUAGUCACACAGCCGGUAUGCCACAGGAUGGAGACGGCCCCUUCGCUCCGGCGGAGAGAGAAAAAAUACGAAGGCUUCUACAGCAAGGUUAUGGGCUUUUUGAUGUCUUUCGCUUGGAGGAUCAUAUCUCGCGGCGCCCCCGAAUGGUAUUUGAUGCUAUGGUGGAAGAAGAUAAGGAGCUGGCGAGUCUGGUGCGGAAGCGGAAACGUGGGAAAUGGUCGGAUGAGGAGAAGGAGCACCUAAUCAAACUCACCAAUAACCGCCGAAGAAUUGACAUCGAAUCCAUCGCACGCCAAAUCGGUCGAGGACCAGGAGCCGUUAGAUACCAGUUACGGUUGAUGGCAAAGGAAAAGAGUGCGGAACUGGGAAACGACGCCGUUUCUUUCUCGGCAGCGCUUUUGGACAAAGGUCUCGGAAAGGAAAAGCAAUCCAUCCUCGAGGCACGAAUGUGCCAAAUCAUCGACCGACUGCUGGAGGAGGGCGACGCUACAACCCAAUGGAGAACCAUCUUAAGCGCCAAAUCGGCAGAAGCAUGGGUGGCAACCAUUCUCGCGUUAAUUCCGACACCGGUGAAGCACAUCUUGGCCGCCCCCAGGCCGCCCACAGCUGCAGAUUGGAGGAGCUUGGCUUGGCAGGAUACCAGCUUGUUCGGGGUCUAUGCGUGGGUUCUCAAGCGUGGCCGGGGCUCCGGCCUUAACCCGCUUCGAGUAGAGGACUACGUCUACAUUGGUUCAGCCACCAACCGUAUCACUGGACAUUUUGCUACUCUCCUUGUAAUGGAGCCGGCGUCUUCCGAAAUUGGGGAUAUAACCAAAGCACAAGAGCUCGUGGUAUUUACCGAGGCAAUCUUUACUAUCUGGUUUGGGGCGCUUACAGAGACCAAGUCGGCUGGCGUGACUGACCGCGCGGAUCAACACCGUCGUCUCCACUCCCUGUCCCCCUGGGUUCACACGCAGCGGUUCAAUUACAGGGGACUGUGUUCUCACAACCCUUUAGGUCUUGACUUGGAGCCCCGAGGAGGAAUCCGCUCAUCUUGCCCUAUGGAAAAUACUGACCCGCGUCAAUCCGGGCCAGUGGUGGACUACAGAGCAACGGAGAGUUGA